AUGUUCGAACUUGUCCAUUGUAAUGCAUCAAUUUUAGCACGACAAACGACUGAUCCUAACCUGUUUUUUGUUCGAACGUUAGUCAAAAACUGGCUUUGGCCUAUAAUAACCUGUUUCGGUGUAACUGGUAAUAUUCUGGCCAUAAUUGUUCUUACAAAACGUCGUAUGAUAAUGUCAUCAACAAAUAAUUAUCUAGCUUCGUUAGCUCUUGUUGAUAUUGCUUAUCUUAUAUUAACACUUAUACUCAAUACAUCUCAACAUCCUUGUUUUACUAGUACAUCAAUAUCAGCUAUACUUUUAACAAUAUUUCGACCAAUCGCAGACUUUUCAUCCAAUACAAGUGUUUGGCUUACAGUUACAUUUACUGUCGAACGUUGGGUUGCUAUAAGUUACCCAUUACAAAGUCGAACAUGGUGCACUGUAAGCCGAGCAAGAAGAAUUAUAAUCAGUGUUAUGUGUGCUGCAUUAAUAUGUACGUUGCCGUCGGCUUUUGAAAUGAAACUUGUACGGAUUAUUGAAAUAAAAAAUUCAACAGAACCCAAUGAAAAACCAUUAGUUAUAAGUCGUAUACGCGCAAAACCUACAACAUUGGGCAAUAGUUUGCUCUAUCAUCAAAUCUAUUUUAAUUUUGUUACAUUUGCUAUUAUUUGGAUACCAUUAUUACUUCUUGUCAUAUUCAAUACAAUUCUAAUCAUCUAUGUUCAUCGUUCAGUACAAAGUGAACAAAAAAAUAAGCAAGGAAUUCAAUUACGUCGACAUACUCAAGGAAAUCAAGGCGAACAACGAAAAACAACAAUUAUGUUAAUUGCCGUCGUUAUUGUAUUUACUGUUUGUCAAAUUCCACAAGCAAUAUCUUUAACCGUUCAAUCAUUUUUUCCUGUCUUAUCUCAAACACCAAAAGUUCUUAUCUACAACAAUUUUGCAAACUGUUUAGUUGCUUUAAAUGCUUCAAUAAACUUUGUACUAUAUUGUUGCUUUUCCGAACGGUUUCGCUCAACGUUUAGUUCAAAUUUUGCUUUCCUUACUAAAUAUUGUACACCCUAUAUGGCAUCACAUUGGAAAUUCAAAAUCGAUCAUAGUCGUCACUCAACAUCAACUGAUAAUAUGUCAUAUAAUUAUCUAUAUAGUACGUCGAAUUAUUUACUACCUGGACGCAAUUCAAAUGCUCGUCUAUCAAAUGUGAGCAGCGAUGCUGAUCGAAAAUAUGCUUAUAAAAGUUCGACUAACUGUUCGCAUCAACAAUUUCUAUCAUUAAAGCAAAAAUCAUGGUCAUCAUCAUUAUCGAAGUUUAACGUUGAUAAAAAAGGCAACGCAAAUUUGAAGAAAACAUUAACUAAACCAAGUAAUGAAAUGUAUCUUAGUUUAUCGCCUACAAGUGUUACGAGAACCUCAUCAUUUAUUCGACAAUCACCUCGAUCGAUCGCUCGUGAUCAUCCAUGUAGAUAUUAUAUUGAAAAAAUAAUCCCGUCACGUUCAUCAACGAGUUCUUUUACAAAUAUUAAAAUUCCUUCGAAACACUAUUCAUUAUCAAUGUGCUCAUUACCUCGGCCAAUUCUUAUGGAAUGUUCAAAUGAAAAAGCGAACAAGAGAUUUAGUAUUACAUCUAGUGGUUUAACUGAGAGACCAACAUUUGAUUCACAUCAAUCAUUAGAUUACCAUAAAACCGAAGACAUUUGGAUAAAACGUCAUUUAUCCAAUAGUACUUUAGAGAAAAAUGUCGAUCAACGAAACCCAUUACUAUGGAAAGAAGUUCUUGAUGUUACUGUUUAA